GGUAUGACCGUUUGUUUGGACGGUCAACACCGUUGACCGUUAGUCAACUGUCUAGGUCACUGCAAUGUCAGCAAAAAAAAUUAUAAUUUCAUUUUUCUUUUUAUUUCCUUUAUAAAAUUGAAUAGUAAUAAAAAAAUUAUAAUUUCAUUUAUCUUUUUAUCUCUUUUCAUUUUUCUUCAUCUUUCUGCCCCUGCCCCUCCCCCUUUGUCUUCUCCCCAGAUCCACAUUUAUCUUCCCCAGAAAGUCAGAAACCCAUAAACAAAUAAAAAAUGGAUGCUCACUUAAAAAAAAUGAUCGGAAAACACAGAAGACACCACCGUCGCCACCACGGGAACCUCCGAUUUGAGUCGAAUACUUGGAACCUAGAAGAAUCUGGCCUGAAUCUGGAGGAUUUUCGACCCCUUCGAUUCUCGCCUUCCUCAUCUCCCUCUUCCUCCGCUCGUCUUCCAUCGGCGAUUCAGAACCCACCAAUCGUCUCCUACCGGCCGCAUCCAUUCAUCGUCGCGUCCUCUUCGACCCACGCGAAGCGCUUCAAGGGGCCGCCAACGCGAAUUCCGAUUCAAAAUUGACGAUUUGUCUCCCUUCCCCUCGAUCAUUGAUUUCCAGAUCCCGGCCUUCGCCACGAAACAUUCAUCUCUUUCCAUAUUCGUCGACGUCGAAAGAUGGUUUGGUGAGGUCGACUCUGUUAGGUCGACGAUGUUGUCUUUGGCAAGGAUGACUUCGGCCCUAGAUUCUGGUCGGGGAUAUGAGGAAGAUAAUGUUGGUGGCGAUGCAGUGGAUACGAGGGGCAAUGGUUGGAAGAAAAAAAAAUGGUUAGGGUUUUUUUGGGCUCUGAUCGAAAAGGAAAGAAGGGGAGGGGAUAAGGUGGGGAUGGGUGGCCGAAUUUUUUUUUCUUUUAUUAUUCAAUUAUAAAGAAAAAUAAAAAGAAAAAUGAAAUUAUAAAAUUUUCUUUAUUAUUCAAUUUUAUAAAGAAAAUAAAAAGAAAAUUGAAAUGAUAAAUUUUUUUUGAUGACAUGCCAGUGAUCUGGACAGUUGACUAGCGGUCAACGGUGUUGACCGUCCAAACAAACGGUCAAACCACGCUUCAGGCCAAUUCUGUCUAUAUGCUGCAUAGUUUAGACCAGGAUGUUAAUUUCUCAAACCACGGGCCAAAGUUGAUUACAUGGUCAUAGUUUAGGCCAUAAUAAGGUAUUAACCCAUCAUAAUAUUACUUCCACCGCCAACUCCAUUCUUGGGGUAAGAAGAUUUUUUUUCUUUUAGGGCUUGCACCUUUAUCUUGCCCAUUCCUAAUGGUUAUAGAUCUUCAACUGUAACUGGUGUACUGGAAACAGAACAAACUCCAGUAUCGUUGAUGUAUUUCUCAAUCACACUCUUCUCAUAAAGCAAUCCAUUUUUUCGGUUUGCUACGGCCUCAGCAAGUUCCUCGCCAGUGAUUGAGCACGCCAUUGAAGCUGAUCCCGGGUCGGGAAGAAGAAGACAGCGACUCGGGAAACACAUAUAGUGCAGGGGACUACAAAAUGAUCACCUGGUCUGCUGCCACUAGACUGUCGAAUGAUAUCCACCACCACGAUGAGCAAGUUGUGUUGGAGCUAACCGAUAAAGAAGCAGGGGAAACACAAAGGGAAUGGUCGCCACUGAUUCAGGGAACUUUGGUAGAGACAGGCUCUUUCGCAGCCGCCGCAAGACGGUCGAUGAUGUGAAGCCGAAAAUGAGCAAGGUGCAAUUAGCUAAAUGGAGAAAAAACGAGGGGAAACUACAAGGGAAAGGGAUGGCUCCGAUUCAAUGAACUUUUACAGGGAGAGGCUUGCUGGAACCGCCGACAUUGAAGAAGAGAAUGGAGCUCAGGUGGUUCAAUUUUGUCGAGGGGUUGGGCGAUUCACGGAAGCCUUCGAAGAAAGGAGCUGAAGUUGCGGCAAGGAGCAGCAUGACAAUGGUAAUUGUUGAGUAAGGUCGUAAUCCUGUUGUUUAACAUCUCUAGGUCCCGAUUAAUUACCUGAAAAGAAAACAUAUGGGUUAGAAGACGUCACAAGCUUAAUUAAAAUAAUAACAUAAUUACUUACCGCAAUCAUUGUAGUUUUGGAAAUCAAGACUCGGUUGGAUCCUCCAAAAUUUGCCGUUGUAACAGCUGAGGGAUUAGAGAAGAGGAGAAAUUUUUGAGGAUCUCAGAGAAAGAAUAAGGAAGAGUAAGUCAGUUUGCCUGUUAUGUAAUGUACGUAGCUCCUAGUUAAUUUCCUGGAAAGAAAAUCGAAAGGUUAAAAGAUUUCACACUCUUAAUUAAAAUCUUAAAAUACU